CGGCCGCGGGCGGAGACUGCGGCCAGGCAAGCGGCGCAGGAGCGGCAGCAGCCGCGGGGCCCGGGCGAGCAUGUAGCGGCAGCGGGCGGCGCGGGGCUCCCGGGGCGGGCCGGGCCGCGGGGGCCGCUCGCGGCGACAUGGAGGAAGAGGGCAAGAAGGGCAAGAAGAGGGAGGGCUAACAUCUGACCAUAUUUUUCAACAAGCUCAGAAGUGAACAGAGGAGAAUGCACAGUAACUGUCGGCAGAGGGGGAGGAAGCAGAAUUCCUCCAGAGAAAUUCCUCCUCACGCAGCCUUUCCAGCGGGGUGGUCCAUGGAGAGCGAGCCUGGAAUUGUGUCGCCGUUUAAACGAGUAUUCCUAAAAGGUGAAAAGAGUAGAGAUAAGAAAGCCCAUGAGAAGGUGACAGAGAGGCGCCCUCUGCACACUGUGGUGCUGUCCCUGCCUGAGCGCGUCGAGCCCGACAGACUGCUGAGCGACUAUAUCGAGAAGGAGGUGAAGUACUUAGGUCAGUUAACAUCCAUCCCAGGAUACCUGAAUCCCUCCAGUAGGACUGAAAUCCUGCAUUACAUAGACAAUGCAAAGACUCGCUCCUGGUGGUUCUGGGCUGUUUCACAAUUCACGUUUUCGAGAUAUCCAAACCACACGCCACAGAGAGCCCACCAGCUCCCCGGACACCUGACCCAGGAGCAUGACGCUGUGAUCAGCCUGUCUGCCUACAACGUCAAGCUGGCCUGGAGGGACGGGGAGGACACCAUCCUCAGGGUCCCCAUCCAUGACAUCGCCGCCGUGUCCUACGUGCGGGAUGACGCCUCACACCUGGUGGUCCUAAAGACAGCCCAGGACCCCGGCAUCUCCCCCAGCCAGAGUUUGUGUGCAGAAAGUUCCAGAGGCCUCACCGCAGGUUCCCUGUCGGAGAGCGGAGUGGGGCCUGUGGAGGCAUGCUGCCUGGUGAUCCUGGCCGUGGAGAGCAAGGUCGCCGCAGAAGAGCUGUGCUCCCUGCUCGGCCAGGUCUUCCAGAUCGUGUACACGGAGUCCACCAUCGACUUCCUGGACAGAGCCAUAUUUGACGGGGCCUCGACGCCCACCCACCACCUGUCCCUUCACAGUGACGACUCUUCCACAAAGGUGGACAUGAAGGAGUCCUAUGAGACGGAAGCCAGCACUUUCUCCUUCCCCGAGUGUGCGCAUGCAGGCGGCGUGUCGCCCUUGUCCUUCUGCAUGCAGACAGCGCCCCACGCCAAGACGGUCAGUGAGAGCGAGCUGAGCGCCACGGCCGCCGAGCUGCUGCAGGACUACAUGCUCACGCUGCGCACCAAGCUGUCGUCGCAGGAGAUCCAGCAGUUCGCGGCACUGCUGCACGAGUACCGUGAUGGAGCCUCAGUGCACGAAUUCUGCAUCAACCUGCGGCAGCUCUACGGGGACAGCCGCAAGUUCCUGCUGCUCGGUCUGCGGCCCUUCAUCCCCGAGAAGGACAGCCAGCACUUCGAGAACUUCCUGGAGACCAUCGGGGUGAAGGACGGCCGCGGGAUCAUCACCGACAGCUUCGGCAGGUACCGACGGGCCAUGAGCUCCACCUCCACCUCCACCUCCAAUGGGAACAGGGCCGCGGGCAGCUCUGAUGACCAGUCCGCGCCCUCGGAGGGGGACGAGUGGGACCGCAUGAUCUCGGACAUCAGCAACGACAUCGAGGCGCUGGGCUGCAGCAUGGACCAGGACUCGGCCUGAUGGCGCCGGAACCCCUGCCCGCCGCCCUCCCCGCGCGGGGCCCCGGGCGCAGGUGGCUCUACUGUGAAGGAGGCACCCUGGUGCUGGGGCGGAAGGCCGCGCUGCGCCCCCCUGCAUGCCACCCUGCCUCGGGAGGGGGUCUUGUCAGCCAGACCCCGGACAGCUGUCAUUUUGCACAUGACGUUUCUAUUGAAACUCUCAGAGACCUUAAAAAGAAGUUUACUGCAAUGUGAAUAA